AUGGAGUCCUUCUUCUACACUCUUCACGUAAGUCCUGUCCAUGAUUCAAUUCUUGCCAUGUUUCAACAUAUUCCAUAUUUGAGUAAUAAUUUCUACAUUGAUUUUGAUUACACCAACACAAUUAUAGAACCCAAUGCUAGAAACACCAUAUCUCUAUCUACAAUUACAAUGAAAAACAUAUUUGUUGUUCCUCGUGAAAUAUUAUGUAAUUGUACGGAGAGGGAUCAUAUCAAUGCUUUAUACCGUAUAUUUUCUUCCGUGCCUACUUACUUAAUAGAUUCAAUUCUACCCAAAGUGGAACAAUGUGCUAGACAAAUUGUUGCAAACAAUGAUGUAUUAAAGAUGAAUUUGUCGCUUCGCGUUACUACAAGACAAAGGGCAGAGCAAAUUGAAGACUUGUUGGAAAUAUUAGAAAUUGAUCAUCCUUCUUAUGACUCUAUAGAAAAAUGUUCAAUUUGUUUGGAGGAAUUUCGUACAAGUUCAAAGUUAGAAAUUUGGCUUUUAUGCUUUCUAUUAAUGAAAGAAGAUCUUAGUAGUGUUAUUAGUUCUGCCAUGAGUGGUACAAGUGCAAGUGACAUUCUAACUCUCCUUGCUGCAGCUGCAACAUGUGAGUGUACAAGUCAGGGAUAA